GGUCUCCUGCCUCGCUGAAAAAUAAAAUGGUAUAGCGUUUGAUCAACUUACCACCGACGCUGCAUCUCUUCCCAUCCAAACUCAUUAAUCCCCGUAUCGACGAUAUGUCCGACACUCCAGCCCAGCUUCGUGCGGCGGUCGAGGGCUUCAGGCCAUCAGGGAGUGGGCCUGUUCCCACCGAUCCAUGGACCAUGCAAUACUGGGAAAUGUCCAAUGCACAUGCUAUGAUUCUGAACGCACUCCUCGCGAUAUACGAACAAGCCCCCGACGUUCCGAAGCAUAAACACACGAACUUCAUCGGAUUCUGCUUGGUGUGGUGCGCCAAUUUUCACGCGCAUCACGAACAUGAAGAAAACACGUACUUUGCUAUGUACGAGCCGAAGGUUGACACCAGUUUCGUCCAAGAAGAGCACGACGCGUUCCAGAAAGGACAGUCAGAGUUUGAGAGCUACCUCUUUGCUUGCCUGCCGCCAAAUCACCCAUACGGGCAGGACAAGAGGACGUCUGCGACGCAAGCGCCGCUCGAUUUUGAUGGCGUAAGGUUGCAGCAGUUGAUUGACAGCUUUGUGAAGCCAUUGUCCACUCAUCUGGCUCAUGAGAUUACCAUUCUGGAGCCCGAGAAGCUGAAAGCAGCAGGCAUGAGCAAGGAAGAAAUGGUACACAUAGCCGAGGUCACCCAAGCCUAUGGGAGUCAAUUCGCCAAAGUGGUCAAACUUCCCACCCGCACCCAGUUUCUUGAAGGACUACCUUGUGCCUUACUUGCUCUGGAUCCCCUAUAGACGCGUAUGUGGUUCUCUGUG